AUGUCGGAGCGCAGAAAUACCCCCAGCGAGCAUCAGGACCUGGGCGCCUUGCAACUGGUGAGGGAUGCUCAGCUUGAGGUGAUUGAUAUUCCGGCAGACACCUUUUUCCAGUCCACUGAGCUACAGUUGCGACGAUGGCCCCAUGCGCAAGCUUCCAGCCUUCCCUCCGCCGAAGCACACGAGACAAGUUCCGCUUCUGGGAAGGUCCGAGCGAAGCUCCCAGCAUAG